CAAUUUUUGGUUUUAACAAGAACCAAACCGAAUUUGUGUCUAGUUUUUGGUUUUUAAAACCACGAUUAGAAACCACUAAACCAACCAACCCUGUGAUUAGUUCUGCCCGAUACCUAGAAUGUGAAAGGAAAUCAAAAACCAAUUAAUAGCUGAUUGAGGAGAGAGAGUUAGAGAACUGGGUUUCAGUUUUAAGAGCGAAACCCAAACCCACCAAAACCCAACUUUCCUUUCGGCUUUCAACUCUCCUCUCUCCCUUCAAAACCCAAACCCACCAAAACCCAUUUUCAUAAUUCUCCAAAUUAAAAAGAAGGCUAAAAUCCUUUCUCUGACUGAGGUUUUUUUUAGAGAAAAAGGAUUGGUCUCUGUGCCUCUGAGUUUUAAAGAAAAACGACUCCGUUACAUCCAACCUCUUCACAAAGGGAGCAGUCCUAAUUGAACUGAGGAAAAGAGCGUGAAAGAGAUCAGAGAUCAGAGCUCCCCUCUCCACUGCAAGCCUUAGCUUUUCAAAAUUAAAGUGUGCUUUGGGUGCUGCUCAAGCUUUUAGAGUCUUUUUCUGAGUUGGUUGAUGGUGAAGAAUGUCGAGAAUCAGAGACAGGACUGAGGAUCUGAAGGAUGCUGUGCGACAGACUGCUCUUUCUUUAGGAUAUAAUGAGUCGAAAUUGGCAGCUGUUUUGGCAUCUUUCAUUAUUCAUAAACCUCGGCAAAGGUCAGCUUUCACCAAAGCUGCACUGAAGACGCUCGAAAGCAUCGAAGCUUUGGAGCAGUUUAUGUUGAAACAUCGAAAGGAUUAUGUGGAUCUUCAUCGCACCACUGAACAGGAGAGAGAUAGCAUUGAACAUGAAGUUAGUACUUUCAUUAAAGCAUGCCAAGAACAAAUUGAUAUUUUAAAAAACAGCAUAAACAAUGAAGAAGCAAACUCCAAGGGGUGGCUUGGUGUAAAGGCAGAUGCUACUAAUGCCGAUACUAUAGCACACAAACAUGGCGUGGUUUUGAUUUUAAGUGAGAGACUUCAUUCGGUCACAACACAAUUUGAUCAGCUAAGAGCCAUACGCUUCCAAGAUGCCAUUAAUAAAGCAAUGCCUAGAAGAAAACUUCAGCGCAAGACCAAUUCCAAUUCUGUAGAUACCUCUAAAUCAAGUACAUCAGAGCUCAAGGAGCCUGAUGAAUUUCAACCUGAUCGUCUAAGAGUCCAACAGCAGCUUUUGGAUGAUGAAACACGUGCCCUUCAGGUAGAGUUGACUAGUCUUUUGGAUGCAGUUCAAGAAACUGAAACUAAGAUGGUGGAAAUGUCAGCAUUGAAUCACCUCAUGUCCACCCAUGUUCUGCAACAAGCCCAACAGAUAGAAGUUCUGUAUGAUCAGAAAAGAGGAAAAAAAGAAGGCAAACGUACCUAUCAAAAAAAAAGAAGGCGGUUGGGGGGGAUUAGAAGCUGAUAGAUGUUGGGGUCAGUGCAAGCUUUACAAACCAUGGGUAUGCCAAUAUGGAAGUAUGUAUGAGCUCGUAGGUUUAACUGUCUGUUUCUCCCUUUUGUUUUCUAUGUUUUAAUUAUCAUGGUCUAAUCUCUAACACCAUUUAUCAGACAUUUGGGGAAGCAUGUUUUACAUUUUAAUAUUGUGUUGCAGUUUGUCUAUAAUGGUUGAACAUGACCCCAGAUGCAUCCAAACACUACAUUUAGAGAUGAAUCCUAGGUUAGAAAAAGUGAUGCAGUAAAUUAACUGUACAUGAUGGAAUAAGCAUCUCCUUCAUUGGUCUUAUUUGUAAUUGCCAAAAUGUGGCAUGUACCUCUUUUUUUUCUUUUUUGUGUCUCCAUAUUGUUGGGAUUAUUCUAGACACUGGAGUUCAAUAUAUCUUUCACUUUUUUCUCAUAUUUGUUCCUUUUUUUUCCUGUCUUUUCUUGUUCUUAUUUUACAGGCAGUUGAAGCUACACAGAAUGUGGAGCUUGGUAACAAAGAAUUGAACCAAGCUAUCCAGCGUAAUAGCAGCAGCAGGACCUUUC